AGUCAAAGACGUGAAGCGUGUCAUGCUUCCCGAUGCCAAGUUAUUAAAGAGUAUUUUUUGGGUCCGUCACGCAAAACGACAAUAAAUAGGUACCGUAUUAGCUUUUGUUUCUGUGUUGGAGCGCGGUUGGAGGCGUGGGUGGCUAAUACCGCCGUGUUCACUGGCCCACUCCACUUCCACUUCCUCACAGGAGAGGACAGGAGAGGAGAGGAGGUGGAUAGAUUAAACAUUUUUUAUCGCGUUUUCCAAAAGAUAUCCUCAAAAAGCCGUGGAGGGCGGCGUUUUUCUGCAAAGCACUCCACUCCACGCCUCUCCUACCGCCGCGGCAUCUGCAGUCGAGUCCAAUCUCCCCCUUUCAUGCCCUUAUAUCCGGUCAAACCAUCCACACCUCUCCCCACCAGAAACCCAUUCUCAAUAUAAGGAAAAACAGAUGAGAAUGUGUGAAUGAGAAUCAAUGCAACAAUGGCCGCUGCAGCAUCGUCUUCAUCCGCAGGGCAGCAGGACGAGGGGGGCGGUGGUGGUGGUGUUACCGGGGGCGGCGCUGUAGCGGCGCCACCGGGCGGCCACCACCUGGUCAUUCACAGAAAACCGCCGGGGCCUUGGACGGAAUUGGAAACGAAUCAUCUGAUCGAUGCGUAUCAGGAGAAAUGGUAUGCCCUGAAGCGGGGGCAGCUUAAGGCAAGACACUGGGAGGAGGUGGCGCAUCAGGUUUUUUUGCGAUGCGGGGGCAUGGAGCCCUCGAAAUCGUCCGUGCAAUGUCGGCACAAGAUCGAGAAGUUGAGGAAAAGAUACAGGACGGAGAAGCAACAGCAGCAGAGCUCUCCUUCCACUUGGUCGUCUUCGAAAUGGGUUUUCUUUGAGCGGAUGGAUCUCUUGGAGAACGGCCCUCCGGCGCUCCGGGCGGAGAAUAAUGCUACUGCAAACCCUAACGCGGCUCUCACCAAUGGCCGCCCGCUGACGGGGACAGUAGAACACGAUUCUGAUACCAAUGACAAUCACCACCAUCAUACUAGCAUUAAUCAUAAUUACCCGCCGCGGGGGGCUUCGUUUCAUCACAAGGCCAUGUACCAUGGUUUGCCUUCUGAUGACGAUGCCGCUGCGUUUUUGUGCUUGAGAAACGGGGAGACUGAUUGCGGCAGGGCGUCGCCGUCGCCGAGAUUUAGCGUCAAGAGACGGAAGCCGCCGGAGGAUCCAGAGUCUGGUCACGGUCAACUGCCGAACCAGCAGUAUCAUCACCAACCGCUUUCGGAGCUGGCGUCGGUGGUUCGAUCCCUGGGCGAGGGUUUCAUGCGGAUUGAACAGAUGAAGAUGGAGAUGCAGCGCGACAACGAGCGGCUGAGGAUGGAGAUGGAGAUCAAACGGACUGAGAUGAUCCUUGAGUCGCAGCAGCUUAUUGCGGACGUCAUCUCCAAGGCCCUUUCUUCGUCCUCCAAGAAGAAGUUCAAGAAAUUGCAGUCGCCAGACUUGUAAGGUUUGGUGCUCUUUUCUUUUCACUUCGAAAUUGUGUGUGGUGGCUGCCGAUCGCGAGUUCGAUUCCUGGCGAUUAAUAGUAUGCCGCUUCGACACUUUCACUCUCUUUACAAAAUAAGACAUUUUUAGCUCCUGCUUUUAGUUUUUUGCUUUUGGCUUAGGGUUUGAAAUAUUCGGGCAGCGGCUCACUACCUUUUGUUUUGUAAAAUAAAUGUACACAGAUGAGAAUUUUAUUUAUGUUUCUGUAGGCGAGGAUAUAUUGACAGAGGUACGAGUUUGGAUGUUUUUAAAAUCUUAUCUAAAUAUAUAUUUUUGUCCUGGAUGAGCCAA